UUGUGCUGAAGUAAAGAAAAACUAAGACAUAAAUUCAAAAGACAGUAUGGCCACCACAGUUGCUGUCAGUCCAAGUGAAUAUCUUCAGCCUUCUACCAACACAUCUCAGGAUUCUCAGCCAUCACCUUUGGCUCUCCUGGCUGCUACUUGCAGCAAGAUAGGACCACCUGCUGCCCAAGCCCCGGCCAGCGCUCCACCAGCCCAACCAACCACACGCCGCCUUCACCCUAUCAAACCGGCCCCAAUUGCUCCAGCUCCACCCAAAAACCUGGGCUUUCUUUCAGCCAAGGGAAAUAUUAUUCAGCUCCCUGCAGGAUUAGGCUCUUCAGGAACCAGCCCUAUUCUCUUCACUAUCCAGACCCCAACACGUCCAGCAGGUACGAGUACUGCCAACAUUCAGUACCAGGUGGUGCCCCAAAUUCAGGGAACUCAGACCAUCCAGAUCAUCCCUGGGACCAAUCAAGCUAUAAUCACCUCGCCUGUAACAGUGCAGGCUCCCACACCCACAUCUGCACAGAAGACAGUACCCAUCAAACCUUCAACACAAAAGCGAAGGCAGAACAAUGCUAACAUUACACCCAACACAAAUGUUGUGCAGCUACCUGGAGGACUCGCACUGCCUCUUACAGGGGACGUAGGUGCAACUCAGAUUGUAACAGAAACAGCUGCUGUUUCACCUCAGCCUGUAAAGGGAAAGAGGGGCCGGAAGAGACAGGUUGCUGUCGCUCCAUCCAUUUCUGCACCUCCACCAGCCUCACCUCCUAUUGCUGAACAGGUCGAGACUGUUCUAAUAGAAACCACAGCUGAUAAUAUCAUCCAGGCAGGGAACAACCUCCUGAUUGUUCAGAGUCCAGGAGGCAGCCAGCCUGCCAUGGUACAACAGGUGCAGUUGGUUCAACAGAAAUCAGAUCAGCAAGUAGUGCAAAUACCCUCCCAGGCUCUAAAAGUGGUACAGGCUGCCUCGGCAACUCUUCCUCCUGUGCCCCAAAGAGUACCAGCCACUCCCAGUGUACAGGUGGCCCCUCCAGAACCCACACAGGUGCUGAUUAAAACAGCAUCAGGUGAAUGGCAGGCAGUGCAGCUGCAAGAGACAAUAGUAACCACUCCAACUACGCCCCCUGCUACCCCUUUCUCACAAGUUGUCCAGAGUAAGAAAGUCCAGCCUGGGGCAAGAAAAGAGCGACCCCUUGCCAAAAUUGCUCCGGCUGGUGGUGGUCUAAUAACACUUAAUGCAGCUCAGCUCACCUCAGCAGCUCAGGCUGUGCAGACCAUUAAUAUUAACGGUGUUCAAGUACAAGGAGUGCCUGUCACCAUCACUAAUUCUGGCGGACAGCAACAUCUGACAGUUCAGACCGUUCCGGGUGGUGGGAUUCAGCUUAGUGGUGUGCAGGCGCAGGAACACCAGCUAAAGGUGGACCAGACACUGACGCUUGAGCUGCAAAGCCAGUCAGGCGAGAAGAAACGGCGCAUGGCAUGUACAUGCCCCAACUGCAAAGAUGCAGAAAAAAGGCCAGGUGAAGUUGGAAAAAGGAAGCACAUCUGCCACAUACCGGGUUGUGAAAAGACCUUCAGGAAAACGUCUCUGCUGAGAGCACAUGUCAGGCUGCAUACAGGAGAACGACCAUUUACUUGUUCCUGGGUUUUCUGUGGGAAAAGCUUUACGCGCAGUGACGAACUGCAGAGACAUGCCAGAACACAUACAGGUGACAAACGCUUUGAAUGCUCGAAGUGUCAGAAGCGAUUCAUGCGUAGCGACCACCUUACAAAGCAUUACAAAACACACAUAAACACCAAAAACUUGUAAACAUUUGAAAGAAAAAAACUCGUAAAAACUCUUCCCUGGGAGGCAGGGAUUUGUUGGGGCAGGGUAUUAUGGGAGGAAGACUCCUCCCCUCAUUCAGCUCACUUACACGGUGUGUUGUAGACCAGGUUCUGUGGAAUGGUAUGUCCAGAGAAGCCCACACUCCUUAAGAAUUCUUUUCAUCUCAUCCUAUUUGUCGUAGGAUCAUACAGAACAGCAGGCAUGAUGCAACUCUUAACUUAAGGAUCCAAAACCUGGAAAAAGUAUGUUUCUUGUUCCUUAGCUGGAAGUACAAUAAAGAAAAGUAUGUCUGACCUUAUUUGCAGCACCAAAAAUAUCUUUAGCUUGAAAGCUCCAUUAUUUUUCCAUAAUCCACUUUUAGAUUGUUUUAGCUAGGGUUUCUUAUUUGAACUUUUUGUGUGUAGCAGCUUAUGAACAUCCUUUUGUGUAAAUGUUUACUUGCAUACAAACAUACAUUUGUAAAUAUUUGAUGAGUUGAUGAAUGUGAAAUAUCUUGGAGUUGGACUGUUCCCCAGCAGUGUUUUCCAGAAUCAUUUUUAACUCUUAAUGCAAAACAGUUACAUUUGGUUAUUUGCAACAUUUGAAAAGGCUGUGUAAUAACAGAGCUUUAAAGAAUUUAUUUGGUUGGUUUGUUUUAACUUAAAACUCGUUUUGAUAAUUAGGUCAGUAAAAACUGGCCCAACGAUAUUGUGUGUUUGUAUUAAGCAAGGAGAAAACUAACCUACUGAGCAUCAAUGUGGUUGCAAUAAUCAAAUAGAUGUGUGAUUUAUCAAUGAAAUUUCAGAACCAUCAAGUUUUUCUUGUGCAGCAUACAAACAUGAUAAUGUAACUAGUCUUUUCUUGUUCUAAGUUCAGGCAUUUUAUAUCAUUUUUGGUAUUAAAAAUCCACAGUGUGGCACUCUGGUGGUGCAGCGGUAAAACACGCCAGCACACGAAAGCUGAUAUUUCACACUUGCGAGUUUGAAUCUCAGCUCUGCUACCGGCAGGUCGAGCGUCUAUACAGUCAAUGAUUGGCAUGUCCAAUGGUCCUUAUGACUGGUGCAAUUAAGACCUUUGCUACGAUUCUUUUAAAAAAUUGACAGUGUCUCUUGCUCUUUAACAGAGCACGUAAAUGAAUCUUUUUUGCAGUGACUGGACAAUCAUCUCAAGAGUAUUGCAGAACAGUUAAUGGAAUCCAGAUUGAAUUUUAAUAGAAAAUUCCAGAUCAUAUACAGACGAUGGCUGUAAUAAUAAAAAAAAGUCAUACUAUUAUUUAAAUGCUAUUUUCUGGAUGUUUUAGAGUACGUUCUGAAUCUUUAGUUCUAAAUAGAAUCUGAUAUUCAGAUGGCAGCGUGUAAAAUUUAAAAUGUAUUGCUUUUUUCUUUAGUAAUAUGGGCUUUUUUAUGGGGGAGAGGUUAAAAAUGAGACACUAGUUGAAAUUAACUUGACGACUUAAGAAUUAAGUUUUAAUUAUAUCCUGCCUGAUAAAGACAAAAAUUUCUUUCAAAUCAGAUUUAUAUGAACGUUUUACAUCUAAAUAUAACAGCUUUUGUGUUUAAAGGGGGGGAAAUGUCCGCUUGAGUAUGUUUGUAUUGUUUGUGAAUAUGUACAGAUGUAUUUUGGAAACCACAUGUAGGAUUUUUGUUACACAAACUGGUGUAUUGGCUGCUAUGGCCACAACUGAAGGAUGAGGACUGUGUACAUUGUAAAUGAGAAAAAAAAUUAUCACAUUGUAUAGUUUCAUUCCUGUAAGCUUAUUAGAUGACCCUUUUAUGAAUAUAAUGUUGCCUUAGACAGCUUCACCCCUAUUUAAAGAGAUUUCUGUCUAAUUAAAGAGCUGUAUUUGUAUAA